AUGCUCGUCCGUGCCGGCCACGCCGUGCCCUCACGUGUGCGCAUCCCGUCGCGCCGUUGCUCUGCCCGCGUCGUGUCCGCGUCCGUCGGUCGCAUUUUUCCUCCUCCCACGCCGCGCCGCGUCGUCGGGCUGCCUCUGCACCGGCGGUCGCACACCCACGCCGCAGCCGCCGGCCGGUGUAGUCGCCUCUCCCGCCUCCGUCCGCGCCGGUCGACGUCACCGUCGCCGUCCCCUCGUCGCCACCGGGCGCUGCUUCGCCUGUGCCCGUGCCCCUCCUUCCCCGACCGGCGCAACGGCCGCACCACAUUCGUCGUCGUCGCACUGAUUUCCUCCGUCAAGCGUCGGCAUAGGUCUUCGCCGCCGCCGGGCGACGUCCUCACCGUCGCCGCUCCGUCGUCGUUUUUUCGCCCGUCGAAGCGCCGAUCGUCCUCGAAGUCGUCACCGAAGUUCCUCGUGAGUCUGAGCAAGAGCAAGUGUUAGAGCCCGUGUUAGAAGAAGGUCAUUCUGAAGGUUGAAGUGAGGUUCAGUCCGCCGUCAAGAAUGCCUGUGGUGUGGAGCUGUCAUCGUCAGCUGAAGC